GACUAAUGCCGCUGUCUAUCCGCCCCAGUGCCGAGGCUUUGGUAAAGUCCUUGAAGCUGAUCAGCUGCUGUCAGGAGAUCUCCCGGCGCCACGUUGCCCUUGCCUCGAAAACGAGAUGUUUACUUUGCUGAUCCGGGGAACCAUCCAAGUGAACAUCCAUCCGUGCCAACCAGACUCCGCAUCUGGAUAUAAGGAACAUGCAGUCUACAAAUUUAAACUUGUCAUCUCCGACGGAUGUCUGCUACCUGAGGAGUUUCUACGCGCACCAACCAAUUCGUGACGCUUCAAUGACGAUCGUGUGCAUGUGGUCUAGAGGAUUUGCCGCUUUCUUAGGAAGUACCGAUAGCAAAAUAUUCGCGCACCAAUCAGUACACGUCGCUUGAGAAAUCACGAACGCUAGAAGGGCACCCUUCAAAGCUCGCCAUGUUCCCACCAAUACUAAUUCUUCCUCUAAAAUAGUGUUAUGUGGAGAAGGCGGGGUAUGGGGGUCUUGCGGGGUGACGAGGUGGAGAAAUGCUUGAGAAUGCUUGUCAAUGCUUGAGGAUGCUUGAGUAUGCUUAACCAACCUUUCUUUCACGCCUUCUCAAUCUGGCAACAGCCCUCGGGGUCCUGCUGUAGCAUCGUCGCAUCUCGCGAACACCAGUGCUGCUGGCGGCAAUGGAACUAACUCACUUUCCACCUUUCAUAGCGGUAAGUCCCAAAAGCAGACUUCGUGAUCCAAAAUGAUGAAGAUCUGCAAGAAUGAUCAAGGCAUCUGAAGUAUAAGUACCUGCGAUUUUCCUCUCUUGAAAUGCAUCUUCUCCACGCCCUUCAAGUUCCUCAUUACCUCAACGACAUCUUUUCAGAAAAGUCCAAAUAUGUUCUCCAAACCAAGCCUCGAGGCUUUUGCCCUCAGCCUUCUUGUCAGUGGCUCACUUGUCCACGCUGGGCCAUGUGAUAUCUAUCAAUCCGGCGGAACACCCUGCGUGGCUGCGCAUGGCACCACACGUGCUUUGUACAAUGCAUAUACCGGUCCCCUGUACCAGGUAAAACGAGGUUCCGACAACGCCACAACUAAUAUCUCCCCCGUAUCUGCCGGUGGUGUAGCCAACGCGGCGGCACAAGACUCUUUCUGUGCCAGCACAACCUGCCUCAUCACCAUCAUUUACGACCAGUCUGGCCGCAACAAUCACCUCACUCAAGCACCACGCGGAGCCUUCAGUGGACCAGAUGUUGGUGGCAAUGACAAUCUGGCUAGCGCAGUCGGUGCCCCAGUGACCUUGAAUGGCAAGAAAGCCUAUGGUGUCUUCGUUUCCCCUGGCACUGGAUACAGAAAUAAUGCUGUCUCUGGAACCGCUACUGGCAAUCAGCCAGAGGGCAUGUACGCUGUGCUUGAUGGAACCCACUACAACGAUGCUUGCUGCUUCGACUAUGGUAAUGCUGAGGUCAGCAGCACAGAUACUGGAAAUGGUCAUAUGGAAGCUAUUUACUAUGGCACCAGCACUUUUUGGGGAUCUGGUGCAGGAAGCGGUCCAUGGGUCAUGGCUGAUCUAGAGAAUGGUCUCUUCUCCGGCCAAGGCACAAAGAACAAUCCAGGCGACCCAACCAUCACCUCCCGCUUCGUUACCGCCAUCGUCAAAGGGUCACCCAAUCAAUGGGCCAUUCGCGGCGGCAAUGGAGCCUCAGGAGGCCUCUCCACUUACUGGACCGGCGCUCGUCCAACCGUAGGCGGCUACAACCCCAUGAGCUUGGAAGGUGCCAUCAUCCUCGGUAUUGGAGGUGACAACAGCAACGGUGCCCAGGGCACAUUCUACGAAGGUGUCAUGACCUCCGGAUACCCCUCUGAUGCCACUGAGAACUCCGUCCAAGCUAAUAUCGUCGCCGCCGGAUACGCUACUACAUCCCUCAUCAGCGGCCCAGCUGUCACUGUCGGAUCCACAAUCUCCUUCCAUCUCACCACCCCUGGCUUCACCGACCGCUCUCUCGCCCACAGCGGCGCAACAGUCAACACCCAAGUCGUCUCCUCCUCCAGCACCGCCGCCGUCAAGGCAAGCGCCAACUGGAUCGUACGUACCGGUAUCGCCAACAGCGGAUGCUACUCCUUCGAGUCCUCCGAUACUGCUGGUAGCUUCAUUCGUCACUCCGGCUUCGCUCUCCAGGUCAACGCCAACGAUGGCAGCAAGCUCUUUGGAGAGGAUGCUACCUUCUGUCCCCAAGCUGGCCUCAAUGGACAAGGAAGCUCAAUCCGCUCGUUCAGCUUCCCAACGAGAUACUUCAGACAUUAUUUCAACACUGGGUAUAUUGCAAGCAAUGGCGGCGUUCAUGAUUGGGACAAUCCAAAUUCUUUCAACAAUGAUGCCAGUUUCAUUAUCAGUGCUGCAUUCUAGACUCGCUUAGGUUGUUUAGCCCUUGGAUGUUAAGAGGCGUGGAUGAGGAUUUGUCGUGCCGGGCAGACAAAAGCCAAUUUUCUUUUCUUUGUAUAUAGCCACUUACAGACGAACAUAGCACGAUGAGAUGAAUAUAUUAUGAUAUGACUUGAAGGAUGCCUUUUCCUGC